CCCGGACCACAAUAACCAGCGUCCAGCAACGCCAAUCGCUCCCUCCAUUUUUCACUUUCUCAUAGACAAAACGUCGAACACUUGGCCCAAUGACUUCCGCGACCACGGCCUGUACGGCGGCUCUGCCACUCCGCCCCUCCCUCCCCCCGCUCCCCUCUUCAUCCUCUAGCUUCUUCGCCGGCGGGACCUCUCUUUGGUCGCACAAAAGUUUCCCGGUAUCCCUCUCGCUGUCUUCUUGUUCCACUUCGUCUCAGUUCGACAGGAAGGUUUCUGCCAGGCGCUUCGGGAGAUUGGUCGUCGCCGCCGGAGCUGAUUAUUACUCCACUCUCGGGGUCUCCAAAUCUGCUAGCAGCAAAGAAAUUAAGGCAGCUUAUCGGAAGUUAGCUCGAGAGUACCACCCUGAUGUCAACAAGGCCCCUGAAGCUACUCAGAGAUUUAAGGCGAUUAAAGAUGCUUAUGAGGUAUUAUCAGAUGACAAAAAGAGAGCUUUAUAUGAUCAAUACGGCGAUGCAUGGGUUAGAAGUAAUGUAGGGGCUCAAGGUGGAUCUUAUGCGACAAACCCUUUUGAUCUGUUUGAGACAUUUUUUGGAUCUGGUCUUGGCAAUUUUGGAGUGGAAGCAACUGGGUUUGGAACCUCAGCAACAGGUCGUCGCACCACUGUUUCCAAGGGUGAUGAUCUACGUUACGACAUAAGCCUAGAAUUUACAGCAGCUAUAUUUGGAGCUGAAAAAGAAUUUGAGCUUUCACAUCUUGAAACAUGUGACAUUUGUGAUGGUACUGGAGCCAAAGUGGGCACCAAAAAGAGGAUAUGUUCAACUUGUAGUGGCACAGGUCAAGUUAUGAGAACUGACCAAACACCAUUUGGCAUGUUUUCCCAGGUAUCUAUAUGUCCAAAUUGUGGAGGCAAUGGUGAAGUGAUUUCUGAGUUUUGUCGUAAAUGCUCAGGGAAGGGGAGGGUUCGAGUCAAGAAAGUCAUCAAAAUCAAAAUACCUCCUGGAGUGAGCAAGGGCAGUAUCCUCAGAGUUGCCGGUGAGGGUGAUGCAGGUCCAAGAGGGGGACCUCCGGGAGACCUUUUUGUUUAUCUUGAGAUUGAAGAGAUACCGGAGAUUCAAAGAGAUGGCAUGAAUCUUAUUUCAACAAUUUCAGUUUCUUAUCUAGAUGCAAUAUUGGGAUCUCUUAUCAAGGUUAAAACAGUCGAGGGGACAUCUGACAUCCAGAUUCCUCCAGGCACUCAACCUGGUGAUGUGCUUGUCUUGGCAAGGAAAGGUGCUCCUAAACUAAAUAAGCCUUCAACACGUGGCGAUCAUUUGUUCAUUGUAAACAUCAGCAUACCAAAACACAUAAGUGCAAAGGAACGUGAGUUGCUUGAAGAACUUGCUUCUUUGAGUGGCAGCAUGGUGUCUCAGACUAAAUCUCAGACCAAAAUUCAGCAAGCCGCUAGAAGUACAGAGAUGCAACAUGGUUCUGGUUCAACAUCAAAGAACGGUGAUGAAUCAGAAGAUAAUGAGGACAUCUGGAAAAGGCUGAAAGAUUUUGCCGGGUCACUUGCAAAUAGUGCCUUGAAGUGGUUUAAAGACAAUCUAUAAUCCUGCCCUUCGACGUUCUUUAAACCAAACUUCGGGGUUAUUCAUUUUCCUUCAAGAUGCCCGUACAUUCCAACAACGCUAAAAGCAUCUCUACAAGAAUGUAUUAGGUUUUGAUACCAUUGAAGUUGAAGAUGUAUACAUACAAAAUCCGGUAUUUUCUCUGCAAAAAUGAUGGAAAAAAAUGUGGGUUUUUUGAAGAAAGUGCUCCAUGGCUGGUUUCUCUCUUUAGAUGACAGUUCGUUUGGAAAGCCAGAAAAAGGUAAUAUUUGAUUAACCAGAAUGGAAUUAGUAUUAAAUUGUAAUCAAACGGAGUGUAAAAUUUUGUUGUAAAUUUACAUUAGUGAUGCGUCUGGUUUUCUACGUGUUACAUUUUUGUAUGACUUAACAAACAUUGCGUAUUGAGAGAAUUUGAAUUUUCACUCUCCUGUGUAGUUCCAUAAGGGGGUCUUGAUGACUCUUCGAUUAAUGUAUGUACCCCUUCCAUUCAUCCUUAUAUGUCUAUGAAGGAUAAAUCACUCUUUAAGAAAGCAUUAAUUUAUUC